CUUUAAAUAUACCUACAUAUAUGCAAAUAAGGAAAAAAAUAUGUAUGCAAAAGCAAAAUCAAUAAAACGUAAAUCAACUUACAUAUAACGAUGACUUAAAUAUAAGAAAUAUUUAAUUAUACUCUCUUAAUAAUGUCGUCCAAGGAUAUGCUGUUUUUAAACCUCAUUAUGUUUUAGCGAUGUAUACCCUGAUACUGUUUUUACUUGCGUGGUCGGUUGUAAAGUCGGAUAAACUAAAUCUUCCAAAUGACUUCGACAGUUUUCCCCCUCCUUACCUUCAAUCAAAAUAUGAAUUUGCAAAAGCUGCGAGUUACCUUCAGCAUCAACUGCCUGAUUAUAAUACAAGCGGGCAGAAUUUAGAAUUUGGAGGCAUUGUGAGAAUAAUCAGUGAAUUGGCAUACAGAAUCCGACCUCAAAAUCCGCCACAGAGAUACAUGCCUUAUAAAAUUUUAGACGCUCAUCUUCCCUACGCGUGGACAGAAUACAAAUUUAUUGUCAAUAAAACGAGAGAACUCUUGUUAGACGCAGAGAGUAAAAUAAAGCCGAUGUCAAGGACGCUCGAUUCGAAAUGCAACACCAUAAGGGAUACUGACGUUUGCAACAAAUUGGCGGCAAAUAUUAUCAAAAGAAAGGAUUACUUGCAGCCGCACGCAAACUUACUGAUUCAACUGGGUCGUGUUUCAAAAAAUUUCAACGCUUUCUCCAAUACAUUUGACGUUCUGUCACUUGACAGGCAACAGAUAUCAUUUUUAAAACAUCACUUGGAUGACUCUCAUAUACGACACUACAUCAAGGAACUGUCCAAAACAUACAGCCUAAUUAAAAAUAUAUAUUAAUAUUAAUUAAAUUU